UUGAGUCAGACAGUUGUUGUGUGUGUUGCAUCUGACAUGCAUGUGACUAACCUCAGAGAUCAUUUAAACAGGAAAAGACAAUUCCCUUGUUCAUUAUUUCUUUUUGGACUAUAUAGACAAUUGACAUGGAUUCGUUCAGCAUAACACAGCUGUAAUACAGAGACUGGAUCUCAUUUCCUUCCUUUUCCUGUAACAGUUACUGCUAAGCCGAAUAUGUCGACAUGGAAAGAGAAACUAAGGAGAACUGUUACUGUGGAGCCGGUAAUUUUCCUCUACAUGACCGGCACUUUCAUCGUGACACCUGCAUAUCAACAAAUGAUUAUCACAAAGGUUUGUCAUGAAUUGCUCAAAAAUGACACAAUCUGCAAUAAUCCUGAGCCCCACAAAGAUAACGAAGAGGUUCAGAGAAAAGCAUCUUACAUCCUCCUUUUCUUCAAUGUCACCCUCAGUCUGGUCUCCAUCCCCCCUGCGAUACUGCUCGGAUCAUGGUCGGACCGCGCCGGACGCCGCAUGGUCAUGGCGUUCCCAUCUUUGCUAUCCCUGCUGAGUGGGGGUUUGUUACUGGCUAUAGACCUGUUGGACAUCAAUGUUUACUGGACCAUGAUGGCUGCCGCUCUAGCAGGCCUCACCGGUGGCCAUGUUUCUGUCUUCCUCAGCUGUUUCAGCUACCUCGCCGACUUGACCAUGGGUUCCAAUUCCAGCCGCACAUUACGUAUGGCGGUGGCUGAGUCGAUGAUCUUCGUAGGAGGGAUGGUGGGCUUCCUACUAGGUGGAUUUUUGGAGCAGGAAUAUGGGCUUCAGGCAGCGUUCGGGGCUUACAUUGGAUGUCAUGUUCUGGCACUUAGUUAUAUUGUGCUAUGGCUGAAAGACCCUGUGAUGACCAAAAACACAUUUACGGUCACCUAUAAAGAGGAUGCGGUUGAGGAAGAUGCCCAAGUAGACCAGUCUCGGCUGUUUAUCUUAAAGUACGCCAAGCUUUCUUUCAAAGCAGUUUUUAAGAGGAGACCAGGGCAGGAUAGACUGAAAUUGCACUUUCUCAUUCUCUGCACCUUCAUAAAUAACCUGGUAGCUGUUGGGGAUCAGUCGAUCUUGCUGCUGUAUUUGAAGUAUGAGCCCAGAGAGUUUACAACUGCCCUGUUUGGAGUAUUUAACGCUGCAAGGAUGCUUUUGUUGGGCUUUGGUCUGCUGGGUCUAUUUCCUCUGCUAAUGAGGUGUAUGAAGGAGAUGACUCUAGCAAAACUCAGCGCUGUGUUCAGAGCGGCUUCUUAUGUCCUACUCGCAUUUUCCAACAAUACAGAGAUGGUCUUCCUUGUGGCUGUAGUUGGCGCUCCAGCCGGGAUCAGUCAAGCAGUGAUUCGUUCGGUGUCUUCUGCUGUCGUGGGACCAGAUGAACAAGGUGCCAUGUUCUCCUUCUCUGCCUCAGUGGAAGCGACUUGCAUCCUUAUUGCUUCCACCAUCUUUAACGGCCUCUACCCCCUGACCCUGCCUACAUUCCCUGGCAUGCCCUAUAUCAUCAUGGCUGGCUUUAUGCUCAUCGUACUGAUUCUUUUACAGUGGAUUAGCGAGAUGCCCACUACUCUGCCCCGCCUCUUGCUGUAGGACGUCGUUUUUUUGUUGGGUAAUUUUUCAAGUACUGUACAAAGUGGAUCCAUAAUUCAAGUUUUCCGUAAAUGCAACGCAAAUGCCCUUGUCUGCAAGAGCUGCUGUUUGUAAAACAUUUGUUUUCAUAAGAAACACAAUGGCUGUGCGGCAUUUGGAAUAAAAUUUAGUACAUCUGUUAAAUUUCUGAUUAUAUACUAUUCGAAUACACUUAUAUCCUUAGCUGUAUAUGCUACUGUACUUAAUUACUCAACAGAUAAGGUUAUAAUCUGAAUGUACAUUUAAUGCCAUGGUCACAAUUAAAUGUACAAGUUGCACAAAUUAUUUUGUAAUAUAUGUAAGCACUAUACUGUAUAAUAAAUAUCAAACCA